UUUGCCAAAACCUGUGGACUCUCUCUCUCUCUCUACCCCACAAAACAAUAGACCUCACACUCCAGAAAAAACCCACCAAAACCAUGGGCAAAUAGCUGUUUUUCUCUCUUGCAAUCAACAAUAAGCUAAAACUACUACUCCUCUUCCACCAAAACCAUCUGCUCCUUACCCUGAUUUCUCCACAAACGCCCACAUUAUGAUGAUUUCCGAUUCUCCCCUUCUAUACAUAUCACAUUCCCCUGAUUUCGUACUACCAAAACCACCUCCUCUUAUCUUCCCCUUUUCUUGAUCUUUUCUACUUAUCACAAUACUGAAUUAGAAACGCGGUCAGCAUCAAUCAAGAAUCUGGCCAAUCACGAUUUGUCCCAUUCAUUGUUCUUAAUUUCCUAGUUUGACGCUAUAUUUAUGUGAAAAAUUGGAUCUUUUAAGUUUUUGGAUGGAAUCCAGUGGGAUUUACUCAAAUUUGCAGCCUAAUAUGUUAGGGCUAGAAAUGUCGCUCCAUCACAAUUUACCACCAGCUCAGAAUCCCCAAAAUCCACACCACAUUCCGCCGCCGCAGCAGCAGCGGCACAGCCCCAUGGCGGCAUUGCCCUACCCCAAAUCGAAGAACCAGAGCUUGACGCUAAGCGACGACGACGAAUCGGGAUUCACGGCCGACGACGGGAAGAGGAGAGUGUCGCCGUGGCAGAGGAUGAAGUGGACCGACAACAUGGUGAGGCUUCUGAUCAUGGUGGUGUUCUACAUCGGCGACGAGGUGGGGGCGGCGGAGGCGGGGGAGGCGGGGGGGAAGAAGAAGGGCGGCGGGGUGCUGCAGAAGAAGGGGAAGUGGAAAUCGGUGUCGAGGGCGAUGAUGGAGAGGGGUUUCUACGUGUCCCCGCAGCAAUGCGAGGAUAAAUUCAACGAUUUGAAUAAGAGGUAUAAGAGGGUUAAUGACAUUUUGGGGAAGGGAACGUCUUGCCGCGUUGUGGAGAAUCAAUCGCUUCUCGAUUCCAUGGAUUUGGCACCUAAGGUGAAGGAUGAGGUGAAGAAGCUGCUCAAUUCGAAGCACUUGUAUUUCAGGGAGAUGUGCGCUUACCACAACAGCUGCGGCGGAGGCGGCGGCGCGGGUCAGCAGUCGCAGUCAUCGCCUCCGACUGAGACGAAUGCCGCUGCUGCCGUGUGCUUGCAUGCGGCGGCGGCUGAGAAAACCCCCAAUUUGAAUAGGGGGAGUGAGGAAGGGGCUAAAUUGCGGGAUGAGGACGAAUUCGAGGAGGAUGAUGCUGAAGAUGAUGGAGAUGAGGUUGAUGAGGACGAACAAGAGGAUGAUAUUGAUGAUGACGAGCAAGAGGAUGAUGUUAAUGAUGAGAGAUUGUGUUCGAGGAAGAGGGCGAGGACGAGGAAGGGGACCGGGACGAUGGUGCCAUUGGCUCAGCAUUUGGAUGCGGAGAUGUCGAGGGAGGGGGGGAGGACGAUGGCGGAGAAGAGGCAGUGGCUGAAGGGGAAGAUGGUGGCGCUGGAGGAGGAGAGGCUCGGGAUCCAUUCGCAGUCGUUUCAGCUGGAGAAGCAGAGGCUCAAGUGGCUCAAGUUCAGCAGCAAGAAGGAGAGGGAGAUGGAGAGGGAGAAGCUCAUCAAUGAGAGGACUAAGCUUGAGAAUGAGAGGAUGAUGCUCCUCAUCAGGCACAAGGAGCUUGAUUUGAUUGAGCAUCAAUCUUCCAAUAAGAAGACUGAUCCCUCUUCCAUUACUGGAUGAUGAUAAGAAAAGUUUUAAUCUUUUGUACAUUUGCUCAAAUUAGCUAUAGCUAUUUACACUACAUUUUACGAAUUUCAUAGUUAACUGCUUAAUUUAGGAGUUUACUGAUCAAGGAGAUGAUGUUUUGUUUUUUUUAUUGGCAAUAGAUGAUAAUUGAUCACACAAUUUUA